UUCAGUGUCGCCUUCAGGGUCGAGCUGGGCUGAGGCGGGUACUGUAGGAACAUGGCCGGGCUGCUACGGUGCGCCCUUUUAAACCCUGAAUAAGUCACCAUGAAGUCAGACGAGGGAGGAUAUGGAGGACGCGUUCUCAGUGAUUCGGUGUUUGGAUUUCUUGGACACAGCCGGGACUGAUAGCUAUUUAAACAGCUCUGUGUUUAGAGGAGGCAGCCGGAGAGAGAGCUAGCGUUAGCUAGGUGAACGUUAACGGCGGUAAUGUUAUCCUGGAUGAGCUGCUGACACAAACCAGGGUCAGGAUCAGGAUAUCUGAAUAUUUAUGCGGUUAUAAAACGGAUGUAUUUUUUGUGUGUUUGAAUCAUUAAGAACCAGCCUGCUUGUCUGUUCGGACUCUUUGGAGAAGAUUAAUAGCAGCCAGCUGCUGAAUGUAACUUAUUAAGCUAGCUGAACUAGCCUGCAGUAUCCCUGAAGGUAAAGCUAGUUAACUUACUAAUACAGACUGAAAACUGGCAUUUACCUCAUUUUAAUAUUGGACUGCUGGGUGGUUUAAAGCGGUUUUGACUCUCUUCUGUCUGAAACGUUUCUGAAGCAACUGACUGAACUAAUUUUGGACCAUGGGCUCCUUGAAAGCGCUCCAGGAGUGGUGCAGGUUACAGUGUGAGGACUACAAUGAUGUGGAAAUAAAGAACAUGUCUUCAUCUUUCAGAGAUGGACUGGCUUUCUGUGCGAUAAUACACAGACACAGACCAGACUUGAUAGACUUCAACUCCCUCUCCAAAGAAAAUGUGUAUGAAAACAACCGGCUGGCGUUUGAAGUGGCAGAGAGAGAGUUGGGUAUUCCAGCCCUGUUGGACCCGGAGGACAUGGAGAAUAUGAAGGUGCCUGACCGCCUCAGCAUCAUCACCUACGUCUCACAGUACUACAACUUCUUUACCAACAAAUCUCAUGCUAACCCUCCCUUAAUAAAGAGACCCAGUGGUACCGGGCACAUCGAACCAGCACUGAAGAGACCACCCACUCCUUUAGAGAACAGAACCCCUCAAGCAGAGUCCAAUGCAGACGGACAGUUAAAACGCAGCACCCUGAGCAGCACCUGUGCAGCCUGUGGGAAGCAUGUUCACCUGGUGCAGAGGUUCCUCGUCGAUGGUAAACUUUACCACCGCAACUGCUUCAGGUGCAGGGAAUGCAGCAGCACUUUACUGCCUGGCUCUUACAAACUGUCAGAAGACGCUGGAUCUCUGGUGUGCACUCACCACUUUACCAGGACCUCCUCUGUCAGUCAGAAUGGUCGACCGGACCUUAGCAGGCAGGUUGGCCCAGUGGUGUCAAAUCCAAACCAUGAAACCCCUACCAGAGGGAGGAGUUUGGAAAAAGCACUUCCUGUUCAUUCUGAGGUUCGUGAACUUGCUCCCUCUGAGAACCAGCAGGAGCAGAAUGAUGAAAAAGAGGCAGAAAUCAGGGAGGAAACUGAGGGCGGAACGAUAAAAGAGACAGAGCCACAGCCCUCCAGCCCGCCGAACCCUUUCGACGAAUCAGACGAAGAGGAAGAUGAGAAUAGGAAGGAGGAAGAGCAGCCAAAGGGAAACACAGAGGUCACUAACGGUGUCCUUUCCUCAACCCCAGUGAGCAGCGCAGGAGAAGAUAGUCGACCUGUUCCCGCCCCUAGAAGGGUGUUUGACCACUCCCCUCCGGCUCGUCCUGUACCCAAGCCACGUCCUGCAAGACCCUCGCAGAGUCCUGCAAGACCCUCACAGAGUCCUGCAGUGAAUGGAGAAGAAAGUCUGCGCAGACUCUCCACCCCUGUUCCUCGUGAAAGAUCAUCUUCCCCUGUUGGCUCCAGCCGAUCCAUCGACACACCUAAACCCAAAGUCCCGCCUUGGUUGGCUCUUGUCAAAUCAGAACCAAAGAAAAAAUUGGCUCCUCCUCCCCCUCCCGCCACUGGUGCAGCCACACCUCCACAUGCUGGCGCUGCUUCCUCUGCACAAGAGGAGGAAUCCCAGACAGCUAUCCCCUCAAAUCCCUUUGAUGAUGAUGAUGAAGAAGAAGAAGAAGAUAAAGAAGGGACAGAGGCGGAGACUUCAGAUCUGUUGGCCCCGCCCUCUGUGGUCGCUGUACAUCCAUGGUAUGGGAUUACACAGGCAGCUGAUGAUGCUGGGGCUGCCACACCUUCCAGAAAAGGGAGCCCCGCCCCCUCAGGCAGCCCGGGAAGUGGCAGAAGUAAAAAACGGCAGGCACCCAAAGUCCCAAAACCUUCCCCAACAGCUCUUCCCUCUUCUCAGUCUUCUUCUACCUGUCCCUCUCCAGCUCUGAGCACAGAGAGUCUGUCCUCCUCUUCGUCAGACCACGGCCUGUGCCGGACCACUGGUGCCUCCGUGUCCCCUCGGCGAGCCUCUGCUAACGAGCAGGAACACCCGUUUACCAAAAGCGUGUCGGAACCUUCUAUCAACAGCCCUGGUUCUAGCGACUCGUCGCCUUCAGCUGAGCCUCAGUCCCGCCUCUCGACGAGCCCCUCCCCCUUGCCACCUUAUACAAAUACCUGUUCAGCACCAGCCACUCCAGAAAGUAAACGAAUGAGGCCGCCCCCUCCCCGCCCUCCAGCCGCUCCUAGUCCACUGAUUGGGUCUUCUUCCUCACAGCAACCAAGCACACCCAGUAAGCGGAUCUGUAAAGAGAAUCCAUUCAAUCGGAAAGCCUCUCCCACAGUUACCUCACCCCAAUCCAGACCUCCUAAAGGACCUCGUCCUGCUCGUCCACCUGCGCCAGGACACGGCUUCCCCCUCAUUAAACGCAAGGUGCAGUCUGAUCAGUACAUCCCUGUAGAGGACAUCCACGUGGAGAUGGGGGGACUAGAAAUACAGCUGGAUGAGCUGGAGCACAGAGGAGUGGAGCUGGAGCAGAGACUUAGGGACUGCUCUAAUGAGGAGCACGAGGAGCGCCUACUGGUGGACUGGUUCACUCUGAUACAUGAGAAGCACCUACUGGUGCGCAGAGAAGCAGAGCUGGUCUACACGGCAAAGCAGCAAAAUCUGGAGGAGAGGCAAGCAGAUGUGGAAUAUGAGCUUAGAUGUCUCCUCAACAAGCCAGAGAAAGAGUGGAGCGAUGAUGAUCGAGAUCGGGAGAAGCAGUUGAUGGCUGAGCUGGUCACCAUCAUCGAGCAGAGGAACCAGAUCAUCAACAGCAUGGAUCAGGACAGACAGAGGGAAGAGGAGGAGGACAAGCUAGUGGCUGCGAUGUUGAAGAAGAAAGAAUUCCAUGGUGAGAGUGAGCAGAAAAAGAAGCCACAAAAAUUUAAACCCAUGAAAGUGUUGAGGAGGUUGAGCACAAAAAGUGAUGUGGCGAAGAGCGUGAGCCCACGGAAGGAGAGCACACGCAAGGAGAAAAGCUGAUGAGGUGGGAGAGAGGUGCACAAACUGAUAAAACUGAAGACAGAUAGUUGAUAAAUCUUUAGCCCUAUUUAUACUGGUCUCAGCCAAUUACUGUAUGAAGAAAUACCUGGAGGAAAACUGACAAACGAACCUGAACUUCUUCCCUUCUUUCCUGUUCUCCUCAGAAUUGAUCCAAAAACACGCUGUUUCAGCAUAAUGUAUGUAAUGUGUUUUAACUUUAACGUUUGUGAAUAGAUGUAGUAUCAUCUGAAUUCAUAAAAAAAUGUAUAAGACUGGAAUUGUCUAUACCCCACAGGGUCUGACUAAUUAAAGGAGAAAUCUGGGGUGAAUUGGUUUUGGGUUGUAGUGAAACAUGAUGAGUACAAAUUUUUUUUACAAAUGGCCGAUCUCCAUUUGUCCCAGCUUUCACAAAAUACAGCACUUUUAGCCAAUGCUCAAAACAGGCUCAGAAUGUUAGUGAUUGGGGCUAUAUUUACACCAUUAACAAGCUCAAAAUAGCUUCACACUUCACUGGUAGAAUUCUAAGGGCCAUGAAAUUUAAAACGAGGCAACUUUGAAAAUGCACCAAAUAUUACACCACUAAAUCUUGAGGAUUUCCAUUCAAGCAUUACAUUAAAAGCUUUUAUGUUUGAUAAGGAACAUAAGGAACAAUAUUUAAAUAAAUCUGCUAAUGUCAAAAUAUAAUGAAUAAAAUCAUAAAAUUGGAUCUUUCCUGAAUUUUCUAUUUUAAAAAUCAAUAUAUUCCUGAAAACAAAUCAAACAGUUCAUGUCUUCUCCAAACCUUUAGUUUUGUAAUGUUUGUCUAGUUUUUUAUGUCUAAUUUCAAACCUGCAGAAUUUGGGUUAAUUCCUGUUACUGAUCUGGAAUUAAUAAGUGGAGUAGAGAAAAAAACAGGCAGCUCCAAGUGUCCUGUAGGAGAUUUCAAAGCCCUCAAAUUUUCUAACUAAUUUUAACUCAGAGAAAAAGAGCCUGUAGCCUGCAUAUGGAACAAGGCAUUUAAAACGGUUAAAAAAGACAUUAAGUCAGCUGAUGAGCACGAACAAAUUAGUAGAAUAGGGGAACAGAUUGCAAAAUUAAUUCUGUGGAAAUGCAUGAAUAUUAUAUAGAGAUACUUUCAGCAACAGCUGAAAUGAAUGCAUUUCCACAUAGUUAAUUUUGCAAUCUGUUCCCCUUUCCUACUAUUUGUUUGUGCCCCUCAGUCGACUUAUCAUGACUUAAUUUCAAGAUGAUGGCGUUAUAAACUACCUGUGCACUUUCAUAGUUCUCAGUUCCUCAUUUUAAAUGUCGGGACCUUGGAAUUCUACAAAUGUGUGGAGCUACUUUGAGUCUUGUUAAUGGUGUAAUAAUAUCGGACACCGCUAUGCCCCUAUCACUUGCAUUGUAAGUCUGUUGGGAGCAUCAGCUAAAAUAGAAGUAUUACAGAAUGCUGGAGGUGAACAGAGGUGGGCUAUUUGACAAACAUUUGUACUCUUUAUCAUGUUUCACUACAACACUACAAGUCCAUUUUACACCGGAUUUCUCCUUUAAGACAGAUUGUAACUUUAUGUACUUUAUUUUCUUUAAAGAUGCAAGAAUGCAAGGACCGUUAAACUGUUGCAUUUUUGUUCAGUCUAGAUACAACUAAUAGUUAAAAAUAGCUCUGAAAACUAAAAUAACUGUUGGUAAAAGUUAUUUACCACAUCUACCAUGACAAAUGACGGUUCCAGCUUCCAAAGACAAUUCAUUUUGGUUUGCCUCUUAGAUGUUUAGAUUCUCUGAAGUUUAACUGUGUUAUUGUGCUUAUGAAUUCUGGAGAAGUAAUUAAGUAAUGAUACAGAAUUCAUAUGCUUGUUUUGUGCUCUGCUUUUGCUUUUUGUACAUUCUGGUGCUUUUUGGGAGAUGAGGUUGUUAACCUUUACUGAUGCAAAAGCUGCAAACCAUUAUGCAAAGCUUUUAUGCAAGACUUUUUUUAUGUGCUGUAGUUCCUGUCUGUAGUUUCACAGUGACGCAGUGCAUUCACAGAAGCUGUAUAUAAAUAGAUCUAGAUAAUGGGAUGGCACUAAAAUUGUACAUUUACGAUAAGCUCUAGGUGGCACAGUUCUAUCAUGCCUACUGAAAAUGAACAUGUUUUUGAAUUGGAUUGUCCCCUUUGUAAUGGGUCUCGCAAAGAGUAAAGCAAUAUGACAGUAUUUUUAAUUGCAUCAUGAUACAUAAGAUGCUUUUUUUAGAGCAUAUUGUGGAAAUAUUGUGCACUGACGGCCUGCACAGUUAUACAUUAUACAUGAAUAAUAUACACAUUAUAAAAAAUUGUAUGGAAUUCAAAAUCACAAUAAAUAACAAUGAAAAUGUCUUACAAUAUUGUGACAGUAUCACAUUUAUGUAAUUAACUUCAUAUAAUUAGUGGGGCCUAUUAGCAAUACAAACGAGCAGCUAAUUUUAGCAGUUAAUGAAGUAAAUUGCUAAGUUAUGGAUUCUUUUUGGCAGCUAAAACAAGUGAUUAUUAAAUGAUUUCUAAUACACCUAUUUAAAAACAGUUUGUGUGUUGAUUUGUUGAUUACAGUAGACAAAAAUUGUAUACACUUAAAACAGUAAAGCCAGUGAUUUAAAACACAUCUGUGCUGGAAGUUAUUGGGUAGUUGCUGAAUUAUUUCUAAUAGUUUAUUAGUUUGUGUAAAACAGCCAUUUUUAUCAACUCUAUUAAUUAAUAUAUAACAUAUAAUAUAAUACAGUGCUGCGAUCAUUGCUACCCCUUGCUUAGCAAAACAGAAACUGUAGUAAGUAAUUCUGAUGAACACACUGUGUUAAAACACUGUGUAACAUGUUUGUCUAAAAUCAAGUAACAUUACUCUACCUCUGUAGCACACAUGCUUCUUUCACUUCUUACAGAAGCUGCAUUCUGUGUCUCUCAGCUUGCCCAGAAAUGCAUGUAUUCAGGGUGUUCUUUAGGGGUGGCUCAAAGUAUAAAUGCAGUGGUGUUACCCACUACGCUACACCCACUACAUGUGUGCUGAUGCACUCCAUUUUUUAUUUUUUUUUUGCAGAGAAUUUAAAUAGAAUUCAAUCAAAGUACAUCCAUUUAUAUAUAUAUAGAAUAUAUAAUAUAUUUGUUUGCAGAAUUGCAUCUCCUCAAUGGCUUCUGGUAAAUGUUCUGAUCUUAAUGUAUUUUAUUAGUAAAGGCAAAAAUGCACAAAAUAUCAUGUGUGGCCAUAUGCUGCCUUCAAGUCCUCCUUGGAAAUUCCUAUUUAAGAGGUUGGAUUACUUACUUAAUUACUUGACUUGACCUGCGUUCAAGUAUUUUUUGGUCAGGUGGAAAUGGACGCCAUUAGGAAAAUCUUUUUGAUUAUACUUUUGGCCUAUUAUCAUAAAAAACAGGAGUUUAUUUUUGCCCUACUCCAAAAGAAUAAAGUGAAUAAGACACGCAUUAGUUAAAUUAUAUUUUUAUUCCUUUAGAACCGUAAAUUAUACUAGACUUUUACGUUUUUCACGUGCUUCUAGUGAUUUUAUUAGUUAGCUAAUAACAACCUGCAAGUGUUUAAAUAUUUAGAAGUUUAGAAUACGAACUGUUUGCAUCAUUUUUUUAUUAUUAUUUAUUUAUCAAUAUAAACAAAUUUAAUUCAUUCAUUGACCUUGUUCCUGACACUCGCCCAACUGGGAAACUAGGGCUUAUUUAAAAAUCCAAGUUUCUAAUUGGUAAAUACAAGUUUGUUUGUGGUGGAGUUCAUGUGCUCUCAUAUUGUAAAUAUGAUAUUUCUGACACGACUUGAAGGCAGCAAUAUUACAGUUUAGAGGCAAUAAAUAGAGACCAUGUUAAAAAAAACACCUGCUUAAGGAUUCAUUAAAUAUAAUAUCAUAUUACAUAGUUUGUAGUUGAGUUUGAGAAGGAAUAUGCCUGAUUCUGAAAGUCAGGCCAUGGAACCCACGUGCUGUGAGGCCUAUAACUAGUCUAAUUCAUCUCAGAUGCUUUGGGUUAAGCUCUUAAGUGUUCUCUUUUUUUAAAAUAGGCCACAGUUUCAUGUCAUAUGGUGGCUGAAUCUAGCAGUUGCUAAAAACAACAUGAAAGAACCUUUUUUUUUCUUUUUUCUUUUUAAAUGUAGGAAUAUUUUUAACGUGAGGUAUUAACAGAAGAAGUUGCUUACCAGGUUUGCAAAGCCCUGUACACAAAUUUGCAAUAUAAUAUUUAAUUGAUGUUCUCGAAAUGCCUUUCCUUGUUUUUUGUGGAGUUUGCGCGUCUGGUAUUAUGUAAUGGGCCUUAAUUUUAAGCAAGACAUGAGAAAUGAAAGGGUGUUUAAAAGAGUGCCAUUAUUUUAUUGUAUUUAUGAAUUAAAUGUAUGUUGUAGAGAGUGUACAUCUGGGUCUUGAUAACUGUUUACCUUUUCUUUUGUAUUUUUGUCUCGUUACCAACCAAGCUCUUGUGUCUUUGUGUUAAUGUUGUAGAGUUCAUGCUGUCAUUGUUUUUUGUGUAUUUGUGCCUCUGAUAUCUCAAACCAAGGGCUUUUGUUGCUUAAAAACACAAUAUUGUGUUAAAGCAAUGCACAUUGGUUUGGAUGAUAAAAUUAAUAAAACAAAUUAAUGUAACUAAA